AUGGACGAAGAAGCUUCGAUUGAUGUCCUCUCUUUCGAACUGUCUACAAUGUCUGGUGUGGAAAAGGUAUCAACGAGUGUUAAGGAAACAUCGGAUUGUCCGAGAUUUUUGUUGUACAAGAACGCAGGUUAUGCAAUUGAUCAAGAACGCCGCUGGAGAGCCGAACUUGCUAAUUGUCGACGCCGGAAAAAACGCAGAGCUAAGUUUGAUGACAGUCGUGGCUUAUCUGAUCCAGAACCUACGAAAGGUAGUCUACGUUUUGGGAAGCCUGGAAGUGGUUCCAAAAAGCGCCAAUGGAAUAAACAGCAGUCCUAUCUUAUGCUUGCGGAGUGGUUUCUUUUUAUGCCCUCGAAUUUCGAAACAGAGUACCUUUUCAAAUUCUGUCCUAAAGGCCGUCAUGUCUAUGUCACUGCCGCUAAGGGUCAGACAAAUGUCUACUCCCGAACAGGUCUGUGCCUCGCGACCAUGCUGACCCGGCUGCCUGGUGGUGGUCUCGGACAAAGUUCAUCUCAGAUGCAUCGCUAUGAGACAACGUUGGAUUGCAUUAUGCUCGGAAUACCCUCUGCCACCAUGACACAUGAAGCAGAUCGAUCCAUCAUAGAUGCACCGGUUUCGCUUCCAAAUGGUAAUAUCAUCUUUAUGGUCCUCGAUCUAGUUUGCUUCAAAUCAACAUCCUACGUCCAACUGCGGUUCCAUGAACGCUGUGAAUGGUUGGAAUCGUUUCACAGGGAGCAGAUUGAGGCUUACGAACCGAACGAUAUAGCUCGGUUCGAAGUUGUCCCUGCCUACAGCUGUGAUUCGGAGACCUUGAGUUCCAUUUUCUCCUCUCCUCCUCCCUUUGAGUUGGAUGGGAUUCUGUUCUACCACGGCGACGUUUCUUACCGAACUGGCCCGACACCACUAGUGGGGUGGCUGAAGCCAUACAUGCUGCCCGAAUGGUUUCCCUCCGUGAGCGUUCAUCCCUCCUACCUGAGCGACAUGGCACCUGACUAUAAGGACUACCUCAGCGACAUUCAGCGCUACAAGGAGGCCACUCAGAUGUACUCGAACCUUGGGGGGAGGGAAAGUAAUCAUGGUAUCAAUGUGUCGAUGAUCAUGCUGAUUCCGGAUGGGCCUGUCAACCUGGGGGAUCGCAGAACCUAUGCCAGACGCGACGCCAUUGCGAGUCGGGGUGCGCAUUACUCCGCCUUUGACCAGUUUGUGGGUACCUUCUGUACUGGUCUUCUGAUCAAAACUGUGUAUAUAGUCUGCCUCACCACCCUCACCAUAUCCCUCAUCAUUGAAUGCAUCCUCAUCAAUCUCGUCAUCCUACCCUACCUGCAUGAAUCAUACUUUGAGGAGGCCACCUGCUACCUCCACUACAUUGAACCCGACAUGCCCAUGCUUAGGUGCGAGAAUAAAUGCUCAAAGGAUCGAUCUCAGUUCCCCUGUCUCAAGGUGCACGCGUUGUACGAAUGGGAAAACCGGAAUCACAGUGCCAAACUUUUCGAUACCAUUGGAACCCACGAAAAUUACAAAAAAUAUGGGUGCGUCACGUCCACGUGUUACCGUCGACCGGAGGACAACAAAUACGUGGUUGAACUCUUUCGAAUGCGUCUACUCUCGCGCGCCAAGUUCCGCUGUUUUGUCUCCGGCAAGUACCGCAGCCGUGAGGCACUGUUGAAAAAAUUUCACCGACCUCAAACCAUCUUCCAUUCGGCCUUCUGGCCAACUCUAGUCUUCUUUGUCUCUUUCGUCCUUCUCCUCGUGACGCUCUUCUUUCAUCGCUACCGAUCGUGGAAGCACCACAGUGUACUUCUAGAAUAG